GUUUGGGCGUAGCAAGCUAGCGUGCCUGCAUAAUUUCAAGUAAAUCAUAAGGUUCAUUCAAAUUAGGUAGAUUAGCCUAGACUGUUAAAAAAAUCACUUGCCCAUAAGAACAAUCCAGUAAUCUUUAAAUUGAACAAAGAGAGAGAGAAAGAGAAUAUACUAAUAAUUUAUCCAAAGCAAGCUGAUCCGUGGACAUUUAACGAUAAAUAAAGCACUGCUGAGGCGAGGUGAUUUUUGUGUCACUUCAUUUAAAGCUCUGUAUAAUUAAACUGAAGGAAGGAAUUAACGAUGAACGUAGGAAAGAAGAAUGGAACGAUCAUGGGAGGAAGGAAGAAAUAAUUAAGAGACGACGGCGAGAGUGGUAAGGUGGUGGUUGAGGCGAUGGUGAUGUUGAAAUGUCAAUAAUGACAUACCGUUCAACUGUUCAAUAUGUGCAGGUUCUAAAAACAUGUGGAUCGAUGGAUCAAAGAAAGAUGAAGAAUAAGAACUAAUGAAAUUGAUAACUAGAUAGAAGAUGCCCUCAAAAUCUUAGGCUUCGAAUGCCUUCAAAACGAAAUAUUUUCAGGUUUAUCUGCCUUCGUUAUGUUUAUUUGGAAGAAAGAAAAUUCCCACAGCAUCUUACGAAAGUCUGACCGAAAUAUAUAAAUAUAUCAAGGAUAGAAUAACAAUAUCUAUAUUUAUAUACCAACGAGCAAGAUGUUCUAUCGUUGAAGGUUAAACAACGGAGGCGAAACUGCCACUGGGCACGUUAGAAGCUAAUUCUCUUCAGCACGACCGGUUUAAGUGACAAGGUUGAAUAUGGCGCCAAGAGAUGGAUUCAUAGCCUUAUUAAAUGGCAUUUUCUUCGCUUAUUUGUUGAACUAUCACUGUGUUGGGGCCCGAUCCACUGGGGCUCCAGUCACGAUGAACCCAGAUGUUUGUAGUACAAUGACACCACAGCACUUUUCAGACCCUCUUCGGGAUUUAAGCCCGUAUGCCAUCAUUGUUAAUGGUAAUACUUACACACCUUCUCAACCGCUGACAGUAACAAUCAGUACUGCUCAAGGCGCUGGACAAUUCAAAGGUAUUCUCCUCCUGGCCCGACGAGUGGGCUCCAACGAUAUCGUCGGUUCAUGGUCAGUAACGGACUCACAAAACUUCCAGACAGUCUCAUGCGGUCAAAGCAACAACGCUGUCACCCAUCAAAACAGCGAUUUGAAAGAUUUAAGUAUCUCCUUUCUAUGGAUACCACCAAGUGGUGAGGCCAGUGAUAUUUUCAUCGCAGCAACCUUUGUUCAACAGUUUAGCACUUUCUGGGUAAAUGUGACGUCAUCAGUUAUUCAAGGUGACCCAUGUAUUAAUAAUCAAUGUCAAAAUGGUGGAUUUUGUCAGCCUUCUACCGGGUCUAGUCCACCUUACAUCUGUGUUUGCUCGUCUGGAUUCUCCGGUCAAUUCUGUCAAACGAGUUCAAAUCCGUGUGCUAAUAACCAAUGCCUUAACGGAGGAGCGUGUUCACCCUCUCCUGGACCUAGUCUUCCUUACACCUGUAACUGCCUGGAUGGGUUUGUCGGUGACUUCUGUCAAAUAGCUCCAAAUUCCUGUGUUGAUCACCAAUGCCAGAAUGGAGGUACUUGUACCCCUUCCCCUGCAUCGGGUCUUCCUUACACUUGUAUCUGUGCGGCUGGGUAUACCGGUAUCAUCUGUCAAACAGUUUCAGAUCCAUGUGCCGACAGUCAAUGUCAGAAUGGAGGGGUUUGUGAUCCUACUCCUGGACCAGACCUUCCUUACACCUGUAACUGCCUGGAUGGGUUUGUCGGUGACUUCUGUCAAAUAGCUCCAAAUUCCUGUGUUGAUCACCAAUGCCAGAAUGGAGGUACUUGUACCCCUUCCCCUGGAUCGGGCCUUCCUUACACUUGUAUCUGUGCAGCUGGGUAUUCCGGUAUCAUCUGUCAAAUAGUUUCAGAUCCAUGUGCCGAUAGUCAAUGUCAGAAUGGAGGGGUUUGUGAUCCUACUCCUGGACCAGACCUUCCUUACACCUGUAACUGCCUGGAUGGGUUUGUCGGUGACUUCUGUCAAAUAGCUCCAAAUUCCUGUGUUGAUCACCAAUGCCAGAAUGGAGGUACUUGUACCCCUUCCCCUGGAUCGGGCCUUCCUUACACUUGUAUCUGUGCGGCUGGGUAUACCGGUAUCAUCUGUCAAACAGUUUCAGAUCCAUGUGCCGAUAGCCAAUGUCAGAAUGGGGGAAUUUGUGAUCCUACUCCUGGACCAAACCUUCCUUACACCUGUAACUGUCCUACGGGAUUUUCCGGUAUUAUCUGUAAUGUUCCAAAUUCAGAUUCCUGUGAAGGCAAUCAAUGUCAGAACGGCGCCACCUGUAGCACAAUUCCUAGUGGUGGUCUUACCUACACAUGUAACUGCCCGACUGGAUUUACAGGAAUAGUGUGCCACCUAGUUUCAGAUGUAUGUGCGAAUAACCAAUGUGAGAAUGGAGGGAUAUGUAACCCAACCCCUGGAUCGAGUCUUCCCUACACUUGUAACUGUCCACCGGGUUAUAAUGGCGAUUUAUGUCAUUUAGUGGCCCCCGAUCCCUGUUCUAGUAGCCCCUGUCUGAAUGGAGGAACUUGUAACACUUCACCUGGAUCUGAUCUUUCAUUCAUUUGUAAUUGUCGAGCUGGAUAUACUGGUGCCACAUGUCAAAUAGAUCCAUGUGCCGCUAGCCAAUGUGAGAAUGGAGGGAUUUGUGAUCCUACUCCUGGACCAACCCUGCCCUACACCUGUAAUUGUCUGACUGGAUACACUGGCGUCAUUUGUCAAACGGGUUUGGAUUUCUGUACUAAUCACGAUUGCAAGAACGGGGGGUCUUGUAGCCCUUUUCCAGGUUCUAAUCCACCAUACUUCUGCAAUUGUCAGCCUGGAUAUACUGGACAGUUCUGCGAAAUAGCUCCAGAUCCAUGUUCUGGUGCCCCCUGUCGGAACGGAGGAACUUGUAGCAAUUCUCCUGGACCUAGUCUUCCCUACACUUGUACCUGUUUAGUUGGGUAUAUCGGGAACCAAUGUGAAACAGGUGUGGAUCUCUGUUCUAAUAACGAUUGCCGGAACGGUGGGUCUUGUAACCCCUUUCCAGGCUCCAAUCCCCCAUACUUUUGUGAUUGCCAACCUGGAUAUACUGGACAGUUCUGCGAAAUAGCUCCAGAUCCAUGUUCUGGUAGCCCCUGUCAAAACGGAGGAACUUGUAGCCCUUCUCCUGGACCUAAUCUUCCCUACACAUGCACAUGCUCAGUUGGACAUAUCGGGAACCAAUGUGAAACGGCUUUGGAUCUUUGUGCCAAUAACCAGUGUAUGAACGAAGGAUCUUGUAGUCCUUUUCCAGGUUCCAACCCGCCAUAUUUCUGUCUAUGUCAACCUGGAUUUAGUGGACAGUUCUGCCAAACUGAUCCAUGUUCUAGUAGCCCAUGUCUAAAUGACGGAUCUUGUAGCCUUUCUCCUGGAGAUGGCCUUCCGUACACUUGUAACUGCUCAAUUGGAUAUACCGGUGAGGUCUGUGAAACAGCUGUAGGUAGCUGUACAAGUCACCAGUGUAUGAACGGAGGAUCUUGUAGCCCAUUUCCAGGUUCCAACCCGCCAUAUUUCUGCAGUUGUCAACCUGGGUAUAGCGGACAGUUCUGCCAAACUGCUCCAGAUCCAUGUUCUGGUAAUCCUUGUCUGAACGGGGGAACUUGUAACCCUUCACCUGGAUCAGAUCUCCCUUAUAACUGCAGCUGUCUCGAUGGGUUCACUGGUGACACUUGCCAAAUGGCUCCAAAUCUCUGUGCCAGCCACCAGUGUCUGAACGGAGCAUCUUGUAGUCCUUUUCCCAACUCGAACCCUCCAUACUUUUGCCUCUGCCAAGAAGGAUCUAGUGGACAGUUCUGCGAAAUAGAUCAAUGUUCUAGUAGCCCCUGUAUGAAUGGAGGAACUUGUAAAAUUUCACUGGGAUCAAGUCUAAGCUACACCUGUGAUUGCCCAUCUGGAUAUUCUGGUCUCACGUGUCAAAUAGCUUCUGAUCAAUGUGCUAGUAACCCGUGUAUGCAUGGAGCAUCUUGCAAUCCUCUUUUAGGUUCCGACCCUCCAUUCUUUUGCAUUUGUCCUCCUGGAUAUGGUGGACAGUUUUGCGAAACAGAUCCAUGUUCUAGUAUCCCAUGUCUAAACGAUGGAUCUUGUAGUCUUUCUCCUGGAGAAACUUUACCAUUCACUUGUUCCUGUAUUGCUGGAUACACCGGUGUCGUCUGCCAAACAGCUGUGACGUCAGAGGUUUGCACUAGCAACCCGUGUAAGAACGAUGGAUUGUGCCUGCCUUCCUCUAUUUCAGAUCCUCCAUUCUGUUGCAUCUGUUUACCUGGCUAUACCGGAGAGAUAUGUGAUAUAGACGUAGUUACUACUAUAUCGACCGAAGCUCUGCCGAGUUGUUUACCCAAUCUGUGUAUGAAUGGAGGAACUUGUAUUUCUGAGCUUGGCCUUUCGUUUUGUGAUUGUGUCGAUGGAUUUGGGGGAAACUUGUGUGAACAACCAGACCCAUCAAUUAACGAAUGUGCAUCAAACCCUUGUCUAAAUGGAGGAAUCUGCAUUGAUGGUCAAGAUUCAUUUGUGUGUGCAUGUCAAAUCGGUUAUUCUGGUCCCUGGUGUGAAGAAGCAAUUAACGAAUGUAUUUCAAACCCCUGUCUAUAUGGAGGAACUUGCAUUGAUGGUCAAGCUUCAUUUAUUUGUAGAUGUCAAGCUGGUUAUUAUGGAACCCGGUGUGAAGAUCAGAGCAACCCUCCGGCAAUUUCACCAGGCAUUUCACCUCUUGAGACAACUCACUCUCCUGAUGAUCCAUUAUCUGGAAUAACUGUAGAGCAAGUAGCUGCUAUAUCAGCUGGGUUUGCACUGAUCAUACUAAUCAGUGUCAUCGUUUGGGUGGCAGUUUGCAUACGACUCCAAAAAGACGUUAAAAAAAAGAAGGACCCCCUGUCAAUGAUCACCACCCCCUACGCCAUCAAAGACCCUCCAGUGUUGGAUCUUGAGAUGCAGGAAACAAACCAAGCAAGGGGAGAUGAUAUUUAUGUCUUAUCCUAAAGACAACGCACCAUUUCAUUCUUUAAAAUACUUGUAUGAAUAUUCAUUUCAAUGUAAUUUGUAUCAAUUUUAUUUCCAUUAUUAUAAUAUACUCAAGAUCUGUCUUGUCUAAUACUAUAGUAACUAUACUGUACAUACGCAGUCAAAGUUGAUUGCUCCAGAUCUAAAGAUCUGAGGUUGAUCCUUUUCUAAAAGAAACAUUUUCUAAGCAAGCAAGUAUUCCUGCUAUCAUUAUCAAUAUAGACACCAUAAUACUCAUAUUUCCAUUGUUAUGUACUGUGGCAUCAUGAGUAAUUUCUAAGUUGUUUAAUCAUCAGUCUCAUUGUCAUACCGACCAGGAUCUGCAUUUAACUGUUUUGUGAAAUUAAGCAAAACUUUAUCAAUUAUAUUACUAUUAUUAUCAAUAUUAUUGCUACCAACAUAUUAUCUUUUAUGAUUAUUUCAUCAAUGCCAUAAGGUAGUUCUUGCCAAACAUGAAUUAAGUGUUUAUUGAAUACUGCACUCACACAUAAUCUUCUAAUUCAUGGAAAUUAAUAUUUACUCUGAUACAAUCUCAAAAUUAGUUAGAUCGCCAUUCUCAUGAAAUACCUUUCUCUCUAUGCCCAUUAAAUGAUCCUGUUCUAUGCAAUGCAUUGACAAAAGAGGUGUUUUAUUUAAUACUGUUGCAUACUUUUAUAUUAAAAAUAUAUAAAUUAGUAGAAGUGUAAUUUACAUGCAUUGCAAUUGCACUUACAGGUUAUCAUGUCAUUUUUAUAUAUAAUUGGAAAUCAAGGAGAAAAAAAAGCAGCUAACUAGCAAGGAGAGAUAUAUUUAUAUAUGAUUUAGCCUAAAUGAAUUGAAAUAUGAUAUGAUUUUUUAUAUGAAGAGUAUUGUUUACAAAAAUUAUCUACAUCUUAUAAAGUACUUUGGCAGAAGCAGUUUUAAAUAGUUUUCUCUUUCAGUAUGUUUGCAAUGAGAACAUAAAAGGAAUAUCAUUUAUUUGUUUAAGUUCCCUACAAAGAAUGAAUGUAUAUACAUUGUAAUUUAAAUUGAUUCUUAUUUCUUUUUACUUAUUCUCUAUUGUUUAACAAAGAAGAUGUUGGUAAAGAUUUGGGAAAAUAAAUUGGAGAUUUAAAGAAAUGAAAUGUGAAUAUUUUUUUUCUAAUGGAAAAGAUGCAAGGUGGUGAAUGCAUAUAACGUAAAUGGCUUGAAUCAUUCAAUAACUUACAGAGGUGUAGGUCCAUUGAAGUUUGGGAUAUAUAAUGUGUCAAUUUGAAUCAAUUUGCUAAGAAAGGAAUCCUCAAAUUAAAAAAUAAUCAUGAUACACACAAGAACUAUACUAUUGGCAAUGUACAUUAUUUUUUAUUUUACUAUUAUUUACAACAGUUA